GUGUGAUUCAUUGUUUAACCCACUAAAGAUAUCCCCUGUUAUCAAUCUAUAGUCCUCGUUGAGGCGCCAAAGUACAGUGUUACCCACCACUUGACUAACCACCCGUUAGCAAGUCAAUUACUAGCGGUCAGCCGAUAAGCUACCAAAAAUACUAGCCGUUACCAAUACCAGAUAACGUGUCUAUUUAUGGAGGGUUGGGUCAGUGAAAAACUUAUUAAAAAUGAAAUCGGAAGAAAUCAUGGCCGAUUUUGAGAACACGAUAGCAACUUAAUUAGCUUUUAAUCAGCAUGAUUUAAUGAUUUCUCAAUGACAGUUCCCACUAACGAAAAUUAUGAUAGAAUGGUGGAAUGAUAGAACAGGGCUAUAAAAAUAUGAAGCAUAAGCCAGUAGCAUUCAGUACGAAUUCGAGAUCCGUUAAGUCGGUUAGCUAAGUGAAAAUACCAAAAAUGAAGUUCGCUGUCGCCCUGUGCCUGCUUUUGGCCACCAGUGGUUUCGCCAUGGUUCCCAAGCAUCCCGCUGACCUGGUCUCCAUGCUGGCCCGCCAGCAGUUCGCAGUUCGCACUUUGAUGGCCGCUCCCGAGGCGCGUGAUGAAUCGACCCUGAUCAAUGAUUGCUUCAACCACUACCUGGAGGACCAGACCAACGUGAUCAUGGGCUACAACCUGCAGUACACCGGAUGUCUGAGGAGCGCCCAAAGCGGCCGGGACGAGCUCACCAAGGAGAGCGCCUCGGAGCGCGAAGCCCUUCUGGAUCGCACCAACAGCAUGUGCUACAGCCUGACACAGUGCGAUACCCUUGUGGAUGGCCUGGAGUUCUUCGACUGCUACCGCAAUGCCUCCUCCGACAGCUACAAGGUUAUGUUCACCCUGAACAGUGACUCCAGCCUGGACUUCAACCGCAUCAGUGCCAAGUACCAAGUGAUCGAGACCGAUCUUACCGCCUGUGUGGAUGAGGCUCGCUUGGAUUACGCCCACGAUAUGGACUCGUGCGACGAGAAUCUAACGAUCUGCUUGAAGGGAGGCGAGACUGAACCGACUAUUCCCACUACGACCCCUGAAGCUCCAGUGACCACCACUUCUCCCGCGGCUCCAGAGAUCACCACUACUACUGAGGCUCCAGAGACAACCACUACUACUGAGGCUCCAGUGACCACCACCACUCCUGCAGCUCCAGAGACCACCACCACUCCUGCAGCUCCAGAGACAACCACCACUCCGGCAGCUCCAGAGACCACCACCACUCCUGCAGCUCCAGAGACCACCACCACUCCUGCAGCUCCAGAGACAACCACCACUCCGGCAGCUCCAGAGACCACCACCACUCCUGCAGCUCCAGAGACCACCACCACUCCUGCAGCUCCAGAGACCACCACUACUCCUGCGGCUCCAGAGACCACCACUACUCCUGCGGCUCCAGAGACCACCACCACUCCUGCAGCUCCAGAGACCACCACCACUCCUGCAGCUCCAGAGACCACCACUACUCCUGCGGCUCCAGAGACCACUCCUGCAGCUCCAGAGACCACCACCACUCCUGCAGCUCCAGAGACCACCACCACUCCUGCAGCUCCAGAGACCACCACUACUCCUGCGGCUCCAGAGACCACCACUACUCCUGCGGCUCCAGAGACCACUCCUGCGGCUCCAGAGACCACUCCUGCGGCUCCAGAGACCACCACUACUCCUGCAGCUCCAGAGACCACCACCACUCCUGCAGCUCCAGAGACCACUACUCCUGAACCUACUACGACUAGCGAGCGCCCACCUGAGGAAGAUAUCAACAGAUUGCAGCGUUUCGGUCAGAGGAGGUCUUGGAACCUGUUCAAGCGCUUCUUCUAAUCGUGAGGAACUUUUAAUUAUUUAUUGCAUACACUGAAAAAUUUCAAGAACAGCGAAAGUCGUAAUAAAAUUGGCUGCGUAUAUAGCGUAGAGUACUUUUGGGUUCGAUUUCAAAUUGUUUUCAUAGAAAGGUGAAAGCAGU